GGUUUCCGACAACAGAGCUCCUUGCUGCGAUCUAAUGACAUCCGGGGAACGAGGACAGAUGGGUACUAGAUUGCAAUGAUGUCUCCUCGGCGUGCAUUCUGCACUAAACCAACCGACCUUGCUUCUGUAUCGGCCGAGAAGAGUCGGCACUUCCACACAGGACAGAAGUGACGGCAGACCACACACGCCGGCCGGCCAGUUUCACACAGGUUCGGCUGGAAGAGGGGGCCUCUGGUGUCCUUACCGACUCCCAGAUCAUAGCAACGCAAUGGGUGAGAUUGCCGAGGAACUGAGAGCAGCUGGACAGAGUGACAGCGAGGGCAGCAACUCCAGUCUGGACGUGGGCAAUGGUUUUGCCGGCAUGGCGCUCUCAGCAGGCGAGGGCUCUCCAGACGUAGGAACCGCCAUCAAGUGCAGAUGGGUUGGCUGUGGACAUUGGUUUGGUCACUUGGAGUUACUGGCUUCACACGUAACUCAGGUUCAUGCAACUUCUGGACAAGGAGGGCUCUUCUAUUGUGGCUGGGAGGGAUGUAGCCGAGGAGACAGGGGAUUCAAUGCCAGGUAUAAAAUGCUGGUUCAUGUGAGGACGCACACUAACGAGAAGCCGCACCACUGUUUCAAGUGCGACAAGAGCUUUAGUCGAGCUGAGAACCUCAAGAUACAUGCACGCUCUCAUACAGGUGAGAGGCCAUACAUAUGUCCAAUCCCUGGCUGUGGAAAGGCCUAUUCCAACUCUAGCGAUCGAUUCAAGCACACUCGUACUCACUCGGUUGACAAGCCUUACGUCUGCAAGGUACCAGGCUGUCCAAAACGAUACACUGACCCAAGCUCUCUACGCAAACAUGUCAAGACAUAUCGUCACUUUUCACAUGAAGGAGCUCCUUCAGAUAAUGAUGAGGUAGUUUGCAGGCCAGGAAACAACCAAAUAAAACUGAGUUGUGAAGAUGAAGUUCUUCACUGUGGUGACAAAAGAACAACGUCUGCAUCUCCAGUUAAUAUUUCUGUAGUGAAUGUGCCAAAACUUCUGAAGAGGGAUUCUGGCGAUGUCUUGAAAAGAGGUUGCGAAGAUCAGGAAGCCAAAAUUUGUGCAAAUGAAGAGUGUUGCUCUUCACGUGUCGAUACAAGAUCACCACUUCCGUGCUCAAAGUCAUGCUGUGUAGGAAGCGAAAGAGAUUCAGUGCCUCCACAUGCUGGGUCACAUCUCUUAUGGAAAGGACAUGAUGUUCAUUACAAUCUCUUUCAUUCUUGGAUCACAGCUGACUUGGCGGUACUGUCACAGUCAUUACCUUGGGCUUCUGGACUCUCACUAUGGAAUCAUCCAUUGUUACAGCCACCCACUUGUGGACAGCGAAUGACUGGAGCCAUAAACCAUUCUCCAGUGUCAAAUUCUGGUUUGGGUAUUGAUGUGACUAAAUACAGCCAAUUAGAUGUUCCCCCAGAAGUCACUGAAUAUCAGGAUAAGCCAUUAGACCUUACAAUGAAUCAUACUGGUGCUAGGGUGUAGUUAGUGUCAUGUUUCAUUCAUUUUCAUUUGCCCUGCAUUUGGUAGAAUGGUCCUUAUUUCAAAUUAAGAGCCCAGUCUCCUGCCUGAGAUAUAUUUGGUAUACCUCACAUAAUUUUGGCAAUUUCAGUUUUUGAAAAUUUCGAUUUUUUCAGUUGUGUUCCUUGGCAGAAGUCAGGUUCAUACUACCAGCCUGUGUUCAUCCCAUAAUUAAAUAAGAGUGCCAGUGUUUACUUCAUAAUUACUUUUGUGUGCUGUGUUUGUAUGCCAACCUCUUCCUUUUUGCAAUGUUCAUAACCUCCUUUUAAGUUGGUGUGGCAGAGGAGAAGAUCUCAGAUAAUAACAUUGCACUAGUUGUGUUGCUGGUUUCGUUGUCAAUUUUGUGUUAGUUCUGGGAGGAGUCUUGGCAGAGGGUCACGUUAUUUCCAGCCUUACUCCUGUUGGUGAAUCAGUUGUUAAUGUAUAGAUAUGAUACUUUCCUGGAAAUGAAAUUUGAAGUUAGCAGUGCUAUUCUUCAGCACUUCUGAUUUUGGCAGACCCAGAUCCCGGCUGAUAAGAAAACAUUAAUGUUGCUUGAUUGAGCUAUGAAACGGAAAUUUGGAACCAAAGGCUAUUUCCUUCUCUCAUUUCUACUGGAGAUAUAAAACGAUGAUUUGCUGCCUUUUUAUUUCACAUGUAAGUGCUAGCUUUACUUGUUAACAAAUUGUUGUGGUUAAUUUUCAUAACAAGCGGUGUAACAUUCGGAACUGCUGAUUGAAUGAUAUGAUUUAGAAAAUGUCAUGAUUCUUCAGUCUUCAGUGCUGGAAUUUCUGUCCCUUGAACCAUCAGUGACAUCAAAUGAAUAGUAAUAUUUAUGUCUAUAACUAAUAUUUGAAGGUUUUUAUUUGCAAUAAAUUAUAAUUAAAUACACAAAUAAUUUAUACCUAACAUAUUUCUCUUUUAAAUUUUAAGUGCAAAUCAAACAGGGACAAAAUGAAUGACCAUCAGUUGAAACCCAUUUGGUCUUGAACUGUUCAGCUAUUGCUUCAACAGGAGAGUCAGACCACUGUUUUUUAUGCUUCCUUGUUAUGAAUUAGAGCCAAGAGACAAUGCCUGCAGCAUUAUUACGCUUGAAGGAAUAUGUUGCAUUGAUUGCACCAGAAUUCAUAUCAAAUAACAGAAAACACAUGGUCAGAAGAUGUACAUUUUUUACACUUAAAAUUCAAAUGGAGUUUCAUAACUAUUUUUACACAAAACAGAUAAUAAGCACAUGGGUGAACACAUUUCUGACCAGUUGCAUAAAUUUUCAGUACUGUCAAAAUGUUAUAAACCUACAUAAACUUAGUGAAACCUGUUCACUAAUAGCAGUUCUGAUAUGUCUGUACAGGUAAAUGUUAUGCAAUCCAUACUUUUGUGAAAUGUGCUACAUACUAUAUAAUCAUAGGUGCCAUAAUUAAAAUUUCUGGUGAAGGUGUCUUGGCAUCCAAGAUUUUCUGAGCCCUACGAUUGAUGAUUUUCUGCUCAGUGUAAGUCAUCUUGCAGCAUAUAUAUUGGAGACUACAAAGCCUUAUUGCAACCAAACUUCCAAAACCAUCACACCAAACUUGAUCAUAAAUGCCUCUUAAUGGUGAAGACCUAUAAUUAUCAAAAUUAUUUUUAUUUUUAGGUUUUAUUGCACUUUCAUAAAUAUUUUCAUUUUAAAAAUUUGAAUGUGUAGUUGUUAAUUUGAACUGCAAUUAUUUUAAACUUAAUAUUGCUGGUUAGGACCAUGUUAAUUUUUGGAAUCUAUGAUAUGGUAACUUACUGCUUUCUUUUGUAUAGUUAUGUUGGUGAAUUUUAAAUACAGAUGUACGCAAGUUCCUUGUGCAUUCACAGAGUUAGAAAUAGUAACAUGUAGCAGCUCAGGGUCAAAUGUAUUACAAUCACAAAGAAUCUCUUAUUCUAAAAUAGCAAAUAUGAUAAUAAGAUUUCGUGUUACUUUGUGUUUACAGACAGACAUAAAAUAUGCUUUUGUGUGAGGUCAUAACAAUAAAAUAACUAUUAUCAUAAAUUAAUCUUUUAUGAGGAAGUAAAAUCUUUCAUUUGUUGAAGUAAUGUAUUGUAUGAAAUUUUUUAGUGCCUUAGAACUUCUGAAAAAAUAUCACUAUAUCCUGGUUUUACAUUAAUGUAUCAAGCAUUUCUAUUGGAUAGAAAUGAUAAGAAAUAUGUUAAUUUAUUCAGGGAUAAAGAUUAUUGAAAUUUUGCGGUAGUAAUAUAAGGAUAUUUAGAAGGUAUCUGUACUGCUGUAAUUUCCCAGAGUUAAUUAUUAUGUACAACUUGGAGAAGAGUUAUACCUCAAAGGUUCAGAAAUAUUAUUGUAUUUGUAAUAAACUUGUUUCUUUUCAAUA